ACCAUAAAUGUAUACGUCAGAGAUUUCUAAAAUAACUGGGGGAAAUGUAGUGUCCGCUUUGGUUGGACGAGAUGCCGCGCAUAUCGUAACCGCACAUCCCGAAGAGACUGUCUCUUCCUGUUUCACCUAUUGCGACCACAAGCUGGCGACUGUUGAGACAGUCACGUGACGAUACAGUGAGGCCUGAGAAGCCGACACCUUAAUCAUAGCAACCCUAGUGCGCAGCAAGGUUUAUACAUGCAUGCAUACACACUGUGACAAGUUACUUAGUCUCUAGGCACAGCACAAAAGGAACCACCACAGUUCUACUGAUCCAAUUGGAAUCCCUACUAGCAACUAUUGUUUCUUCCGUCGUAGACUAGAACGCGCAGUAAGAAGCUGCUUAAGUUAAUGGCACACUAUACAGAUCAGUAAUCACAUGCAUAGCAGCUGUAUGCUAAUUUCAACAAAAGACAUCCUAUUGUUGCAAGGUUAUACAGAUCGUUUUAAGGCGAUGAUGUCAUGCUAAGCAUACCACUCAACGAAGCUGUGCAUCUACUCUCGUCGGCUAUAAAAUCAGAAAUCGCACUCUGUCGCCCCAUUCUCACUCUCACAAAGCGAGCUAUACAAUGGAUUACUUCCAUCUUCUCGUUCGACUCGCUCUUUUGUUUUUCUGCUACUCCAACAACGGUCACAUCCAUGCCAGCGCAAAAGCAAUGCCAUCAAAUACAUCGUCGGAUUCGAUGUCAUCGCAUUUUCUGCACGACGAACAUCAACAAACACAAGCCGCUUCGAACAAAACAUCGUACCCAUCCGACGUCUCGUCCAAAAUCUUCGACAGCAGCGACGACAGCUCCGAUGCCGAGAGACCGACUCGAAAACGCAACUUCGCUCGCGUCGUUCACACAGCAACGUGGGAUCCAAACAUGCAGACGUCUAACAAAAAUCGGGAAAAUUUCCAGUCAACUAAAAGUGCCGGUCUGCAGACAAAUGACUGCGCUCCUGCACGAUACCAGGUGACUGUUAGUCAUCUCAACUGUACAAAGCACUUAAUCACUCUGAUAUGCUCCGGCGGUUGCAAAAGCUACUCGUAUCCCAGCCAGGCAUCGUUCGUGUACAAACAUCGGAAAAAUAUCCACAACUUCUGUAGCUGCUGUUGGACCACAGACGUAAAGAAAGUUCCGUACACCAUACAGUGCCAAAUUGAAAAACGAGUACACCGCAAGACCGUCUAUAUUCCAGUCGCCAAAAAGUGUGCAUGCCGUCCGUGCAUGUAA